AUGUUUCGCGCUCAGCAGAAUGCCUUUGAUGAUGCGGUCGGUGAGUUUGCGGCCAUCCUGUAUCUUGGGACUGCUCGUACCUUUAUGGCCAAGGCAACCGACGAGAACCUGACAUCCGAGAACUGGGAAUACAUUCUGGAUGUCUGUGACAAGGUUGCUGCCGAGGAAUCAGGCGCAAAGGAGGCGGUUGCUGCCAUGAUCAAGAGAAUGGCUCACAGAAACGCCAAUGUGCAACUUUAUACUCUUGAGCUCGGUAAUUCGCUGUCGCAGAACUGUGGCCCUAAGAUUCAUCGCGAGUUGGCCUCGAGAAGCUUCACUGAUGCGCUACUGCGCCUGGCAAGUGAUCGUAAUACGCAUCAACAAGUCAAGUCCAAGAUUCUGGAGCGUAUGGAAGAAUGGACUGAGAUGUUCUCAUCUAACCCAGAUUUCGGGAUUAUGGAGCAAGCAUACAUGAAGUUGAAGACCUCAAACCCCAACCUUCAACCCCCUUCGAAGCCGGUGAAGAGCGCGAUUACGGAUAUUGACAGACAGAAAGAAGAUGAGGAACUACAAAUGGCCCUAGCUCUCUCUGUCAAGGAUAAGGCUCCUCCAGUUCCCGUCGCUCAAGCCGGGCCAUCUGCGGCGGCUGCGGCUGCGGCAUCGCGACCCGAAACUACUUCGCCUGCAGCUGAGUUGCCGGCUGCUGCUUCCGGACCUGUGCCAUCUGGUACUUCAGCUGCCACUGUUUCGCGAGUCCGCGCCUUGUUCGAUUUCCAGCCCUCAGAGCCUGGGGAGCUUCAGUUCCGCAAGGGUGAUGUAAUUGCUGUCUUGGAAUCAGUCUACAAGGACUGGUGGAAGGGUUCUUUGAGGGGCCAGACGGGAAUCUUUCCUCUCAAUUAUGUCGAAAAACUUACAGACCCCACUGUUGAGGAGUUGCAGCGCGAGGUGCAAAUGGAGGGCGAUGUCUUUGGUCAGAUUAAGAACGUUGAGAAGCUUCUGACCCUGUUGAGUACUCGAAGCUCCGAUCUUAAUGUGCAGGAGAACGAGGAGAUUACCAAUCUCUACCAUUCUACCGUUGCUAUUCGGCCGAAGCUUAUUGAGUUGAUUGGGAAGUACUCGCAGAAAAAAGAUGAAUUUACCCAGCUUAAUGAGAAGUUCAUCAAAGCCCGCCGCGACUACGAGUCUUUACUAGAGGCUUCCAUGGCUCAUCCGACACAACCUUAUGCGCGACCUGGUCAGUCCCAGUAUGGCUAUCCUGGCGCUGCUCCUGCUGGAUACCCUCCCCAAGCAGAUCAACGAUACUUUAGCCCUCAGCCUCAAGAAGCCCAACCUCCACAGGCCCAACCAAGUGCAUACUAUGGUGCGGAGCAGACAAUGCCUUAUCGUCCUGCAUCUCAUUCACCCGAUCCUCGUGCGCAGUUUGCAGGUGGACCUCAGCAACAGCCGGUGCCGCAACAGGCACCUCCAUCUGAUGCUUACCCACCUGGCACCUCUGUAUAUGACUCUCCCGUGGAACAUCCUGCUGGCCACCGCCCAGCUUAUCCUCUCAGUGGUCAAGCACCACCAGCCGGCCACCAGCAUUUCCAACAUCAAUCCCAGGGGCAGGAUUAUUCGGCCCCUGUCUACUCGGGUGAAGAGACAGCUCAGCAGCCCCCUGCCUCUCAAUACCCACCACAGCAAGCGCCGCAACAACCUCCAUACCCCAACUCCCCGGCUGCUCAUCAAGCCCCUUCUCACCAGCCACCUCCGGUCCCUGGAUCAGCACAGCCGUCUUCGCAAUACACUGCUUUUAACCCCGCUCCCUCGGCUCCUCCAGGUGGCGCAGAAUAUCAGGCAUAUCAGCCUCCGCAGGGCGGUGUUUCCCCCUCAAACCCUGCUACAUUCUACAGAUAA